AUGUCAUGGCUGGGCUCAUCUGAUUGGUUGUCAGGUCCAGGCUCAUCAGAAUUGUCGGGAAACCCAGCGACCUACAUCGCCACAAAGGCGCGCCACCGGAGGGCAGAAACAGUAGAUCGCUGUGGGGCCAGGCGGAACUCUGCUCCAGAAGAGGACGGAAAGUCCACCGGUGGCAAGAAGCUGACCAGAGAGCUGCGGAAUCUCCUCCCACAUUCUGAUGAGAAGCCACACCAGACUGUGGAGACCCUGUUGGAAGACAUGCUGGUUGGAACCAAGCCCAGGCAGCCGAAACCUCUAAACUCUGCACCCGACAAGCCAACAGUCACUGUAGCUGCUGACACCAAGAAGAGUCGUGCCCGGUCCAGUAAAAGGUCCACAUCUUCAUCCUCAUCCUCAACAAGCAGUAGCAACAACAACAACAACAACAGAAAAACGGGCCCCACCCCCAGCUCUGAGCAGAAGGACAGCUACUGUAACAGGCGGAUAGCCUUACCUGGGACUCAGCAGGAAGAUGCUGUCAUCGGUGGCGAAAACGUUUUUCUGCGUCCGGAGGGAGAGAACGCUGAUGACAUAGCCCUGAUGAGGAAACGCAGUAGCAGUUGUUACGAACGGUUCUUCAUCAAAAGGGCAGUCAUCAAUGAGGCCUGCCCAGACCUCUACAAGUAUACCCCCUGCAGCACUGCCCUGCCCCGGAAAUACUGUCCACACAACUGGCAGGAGGAGAAGUGGUAUUAUGAGGAGACCAUUACAUAUAGUUAUCUCAAGAUACAGGAGGACGACAGAGACUACCUUCAAGUAAAAGUUGUAAAACUGCAAAAAGUGAAGGACUUACCUCAAAUAGUCAAGUGGAUGCCUGGCGACUGUGAAUCUGUCCCACCUCUACAAUGGAACAAUGACGCAGCCAAAAGCAAACAGCCAAGCAGGACUGCUGUUUCUUCUGACAUUAACGGACAGCACAGGGCCAGGGAUCACAGCUCUCCUGACACCCCUUCAGAAAUCCCUGGAAACACUGACAAGAUGGGACAGCACUCUGCUGUAACUGACAGAAGACAGCCAAGUAUGGCUGCUGUUUCUUCUGACAGCAAUGGACAGCAGAGGGCCAGGGAUCACAGCUCUCCUGACACCCCUUCAACAAGCCCGGGGAACACUGACAAGAAGGGACAGCACUCUGCUGUAACUGACAGCAGACAGCCAAGUAGUGCUGCUGUUUCUUCUGACAACAAGGAACAGCAUAGGGCCAGGCAACGCAGCUACCCUGAGACCCCUUCAACAAGCCCUGUUGUUUGUCUGGAUGACAGCACAGACUCUGAAGUGAUACCGCUGAGUCCUACUGUGCUGGACAGCGAUAGCGAGAAAACAGAUGUCGGAGACCAUCCCCACGAGUAUGAAGAGACGUCCCCCACGCGCUGCCCUGACACGUCCACUACGCUUGUGGAAGUGAGCAGUGAGGAUUGGGAGGUGACAGGAACUCCCUACGAGUUUGAGGAGUCUCCAAGCAGUCCCACCAUGGAAAAUCCCGGAGCAGCAGCGGAGCCAUCCGCCGCCUCUCCCCCCACAGUCACAAGCACGUCAGCAUCCUGCUUCAGGAACCCCAGGGACUGGGAGAGUCCAUCACGGCCGUGGGGGGUGAACGUGAACACCUUCAGAGUCUACCUGCAGACCCUGAUCAGCUACUCACUGGAUCCCAGCUUCCUGGAUGAAAUCGAGAGGGAAGGGGAUGAAUAUUUCCUGUUGGCCUUGAAGAUGGUCGACAGGAAACUGAGGGAGGCCAAGAACCAGGUCAAGCGGAGGGCGACCUUUGACCCGCAGUUCAAGGCAUGUGUUGAGAGGUAUCCGUAUCUGUACACAGAGUCCAAUGGCGGCACAGGCAACCAGACAUGCCAGGCCUGUUUGUCACACUUGCAAGCGACUCAGACCAUCAACUUGAGCGGCCGCCCGUACAGCAGGUCUACUCUGAACGAGACUCUUAUGGAGAAGGGCAGUAAGGUGUUUGCAGUGUGCCAGUUCUGUGGAGACCUGACUCAGACUUUCCACAAGCUGCACCAUCUGAAAUACAGGCUCUUUAGGGAGUGUAAAAAUGAGGCACUGUCUAAACAUGGUGUACUCAACAAAAAUGUGUUUUUACAUAUCUACAUGUAG